CACAAUUUUGAUUGGUCACUUGAGUCACAUGGUUUAUCCGCCAUUGCGUACCCACGCUGGGCGAGAAAGAGGGGAGAGUGCUCUCUCUGUGUUGAGCAGUGUUAAAAGAAUGUGUCAGAAAUUAUAAGGCUCGCAUUGUUUACUAUCUCCACUACUCCAAACUCCAGACAGUCCAGACCCCAGCCCCAGGCUCCAGCCCCCAUCCAGUCUCCGUUGGAUACAAGAUGGUGGAUAGAAGUCAUGGUGGGGGGCCAUUGGCGCAUCUUUUAUUAUAGGUCUUUAAUCUGCAUCGAUUCGAGUCUAUUCCAGCCAAUAAACUCUGCGACUCUAGUGAUAUUCGAGCACUCGUCGGGGUUCUUUCGGCCGUUCCCUUUGGAACACAAAAAAUGGCCGCCGAAAAUAUAUUUGUCAAAUCACGUGACCAGUGACCACACAGCUUUUGCAUGAACUGUGAUUGUCGAUGACGUUUUCGUGGGACUUGUGGGAGUCGCGAAAAGCGACAUUGCUAAACGUUCGAGAUGUGAGGUGACGGACUGGCGAUGUAAUCUCUUUGUCGUUUCUCCUGAUUGCCGCAUAUCGCAAUAGUACCCGUUCUUUUCUUCUUAGUACGUUCCAGCUUUUCUUUUUCGCGUGAUUUUGUGACUCGCAACGCGUCUGUUAGGUUAGAUCAUGUCGAUGUUGCGUUAAUAUUUGCACUUUAACGACCGCGAUCGUGACGACUGUUCUUACUCCAUUUCACACGACGCUGCCGACCCAAUAUGCUGUCAAGAAAGAACAAGGAUCUGAGGACAAUCAAGGAAGGAGUAGUCGGCAGAUACGUAAAGAAGGAAACGCCACCUGAGAUGCCGAUUAUCAAUGUGUGGACGACAGAGCCAAACAGAAGGCAAAGACGGCGUAACAAUCAUCCAAUGAUACCAAGCUCUACGUCCAUUUCCCCACAACAACCUAGUAUGGUGCAAAAGUUUGGAAAUACUAAAACCACAACCAGCGCCGUUGGUCUGGGCAGUCACGAGGGAAAAUAUACACCAAAUAAUUCUGUUCCCGACUUAGCUCAAAGAUUUACUCACCUUUCCGUUAAUACUGCAAUGAAUGACGGCAUGUUUUCGAGGACCGCCACACCCAUGUAUCAUCCUGAACUGUCACCUGCAAUGUCACACACUUAUAUCAAUCAAUACGCUGGAUCAGAGUAUCAUCUAGACAGAGUUCAAACACCACAGAUGCCUCAUAUGCCUCUCGACGUCGAUGCUGGCUAUGAAGACUAUAAUUAUUCCAUUUAUCGCCACCAUGCUGGUUACAGUAGAUGCUAUUCGGAAAGAUCAAGUUCUCGCAGCGAGCAGCAGCAGCAGGACGAAUUACCUUUGCCACCUGGAUGGUCAGUCGAUUUCACGCUCCGUGGCCGAAAGUAUUAUAUCGAUCAUAACACCAAGACUACGCAUUGGUCGCAUCCGCUUGAAAAGGAAGGCCUACCCACGGGAUGGGAGCGAAUCGAGUCUCCCGAAUACGGUGUUUAUUAUGUCAACCACAUCACGCGCCAGGCGCAGUACGAACAUCCAUGUUAUCCACACGAGAUGCAAGCGGUGCGGGUCGUGUCGCCACCGCGGCACACGCACUUUCACUCUCACAGCGUCCUGGUACCAGCCAAUCCUUAUCUCAACGAGGAGAUACCACAUUGGUUAUAUGUGUACAGCAGGGCCUCAAUAGCCCUAGACCGCAAGCUGCGUUGGGAAUUGUUUCGCUUGCCCGAACUGGACUGUUUCAAUGCCAUGCUCACCAGAUUGUACAAGCAAGAACUGGAGGAGGUCGUAAUGCGUUACGAGGAGUACAGAUCGGCAUUGCUAUGCGAAAUGGAACAGAGAUUGAAGGAAUUGAAUCCAGAAUCCAGUGGUUCCAACAUUGGUACUGUUGCUUUACGGAGAUCUCUUCCUUGAGAGAAAGAUUUGAAUGAUUAAUUGUUAUAUGCGAUUUUUUGUCUAUUAUCUGAAGGAAGAUUUUACUUUUAAAAGCAUUACAAAUGUGAUUAGCUCUGUAUUUUAUAUACAUGUAGAUAGUGUAAAGCUCUACAAGGUUUAUCUCGUUUGCUAAUACAUAUUAUACGAUGUUACAAAAUAAUUAUUACAUGC